UUCGCCUUACGUGUGCAGAACAAUUAAUUGUUGAUAUACAAAAUACGCGAAAGAGGAAGUCGGUUCGUGAUUGGAUUCUUAAAAGAGAACAAUUUGGGGCCUCUGCCUUACUUUUGAAGGAAUUGGCUGAAGAGGAUCAUUCUGCUUACAGAAAUAUUAUGCGCAUAUCACAGACGAAGUUUGAUGAACUUCUUCAGAUGGUUAGCCCAGCAAUUACCAAAAUAAAUACCCCAAUGAGAAAUGCAAUUCCAAGUAACACAAAACUUGAAAUAACACUACGUUACUUAGCGAGUGGUGACAGCCUGAUGACUUUGGAGUAUUUAUUCAGAGUUCCUCACAAUACAAUAUCUACGUUUUUACCUGAAGUAUUGAUAGCAAUUUACAAUACUUUGUCAACAUUCAUCAAGGUUCCUGAUACUAUAGAAGAGUGGCGAUCUAUCCAGAAAUCAUUUGAAACAAAGUGGAACUUUCCCAAUUGCUGUGGGGCUCUUGAUGGAAAGCAUAUUGCCAUCAUUCGCCCUCCAAACAGUACAUCCACAUUUUACAAUUACAAGGGAUUCUACAGUAUCGUUUUGUUUGCAAUGGUAGAUGCCGAUUACUGCUUCAGAUACAUCGAUGUAGGAAGUGAUGGAAGAGCUUCAGAUAGUACAAUAUUCAAAGUUUCUACUUUGAAUAUUGCACUUGAAAAAAAUUUGCUCAAUUGGCUGGUGGGUGGUCUUUGUGUAGGAGAUGAUGCUUUCCCACUUCGAACAAACAUAUUGAAGCCUUUUAGUCACAGACAUUUGUCAUUGGAAGAAAAAAUUUUUAAUUAUCGCUUGUCUAGAGCUCGGCGCGUUUCUGAAAAUGCAUUUGGAAUCCUAUCAUCCAGAUUCCGUAUUUUUCGAAGGACAAUUGACCUAAACUAA